UGCGGAAGAUAUCCGUAGGGUUCCUACAUUACCGUGUUUUGGUGUAGAUACAACUCCCAAACCAGAGGAAGUUGAUCUCGCUAAACGCAUUAUCUCAUCCUUGUCUGUUUCCUAUGAUAUUCAUGCGGUACCGAAUCCCUUGCUACAACAUCGUCUCCAACUUAUGCAGAAGAUGGCACUACAACAAACAAAAACAACAAUAGCGAAAGAGAGUAACAACACGAAUGAAUUGCAAACGGUAAAAGAUUUGUCAUUACCAGAUCGUGAGGGGAUGAUGCAUUAUGCACAUCUCUUUCAGGAGUUCAAUAACACUGUUCUCGGACCUUCAUACGAUGCGGAUAAACUCUGCCAAUCAUGCAAACCAAAAGUUGUUGCAGGUGUGAAGACAUCCCGUGCAGGGGAAUUACCCGAUGACAGUGGAAAUGAUGCGAUUUCCCGACUGGUGAAAGGGGCGUUUGAGAAUAACGCUUUGCAGACAUUAACAGUCUUGCAAUUAAGAUCGUACCUAAAUGCUAUGGGUGAAAGUACUGAUGGAGCGCGACGAAAAGAUGACUUGAUUCAAGUCGUCACACGAGUAGUGAAGAGUCAGAGUAAAUGA